AUGAACCUCUAUACUUUUAUGGCUCUCGCCCUCCUCGGGAUAUCAGUGUCGGCAAGGGGGGAAGAACGGCCGACGACAACAAUUUUCCACUAUAUUACGACGGAAUUACCCUACGACCAACAUCACUGCUCUGCUUACUUUCUUCUUAACCAGAACAAUCCCGAGGAUCUCGCAGAAGCAUGCCGACCUGGGGCAUGCUGCGUGCAAGUCCUCAAGGAAAAUGAUUGUAUUGAGGAGCUUGCCCAGGAGGGCCAUCGAACCGGGGAAAGAAUUAGCCCCAAGUCAAAAGAUCCCGCGGUGAUGGGAACCAAAGCAUUGUCGCAAUGGCCACGGCCCUCCAGCAGCAAGAAGUGCUCUACUCAACUUGAAGUCGAAAGUGUGCAUCCACCCCUGAAGGUGACUUCGACCAUGCCGGAGCGGUCCGCGAUGCCUUCAUCUUCGGAAAAGGGAACAGCCACUUCAGACUUUCCGAGUUCAGCUAAACCAUCGCCCUCGGCGACAGUAUCAGGAACAAAGGUGCCUCAGAGCCUUUCUAAACCACUCUUGCCGUCACAAAAGUGGUCGGCCAGCUCACCCAGCUUGAGUGACCGAGGCCGAUCCAAGUCUAUGAGUGCCUCGCAGACACCUCGUACACCCAUGUCCGCAACGUCAAGCAAGGCGCUUUCGUCCGGGAAGCCGAGCUCGUCAGUGCUCCAGCGUAGCACUCAGUCGUCCAAGGCGAAGGCUUCCAGUUCUCCAGCAAUAUCCUCAAUGUCAACCUCGUCACCCAAGCCAACCAGCAGUGUCAGAAUGUCUUCGGACGAUAAUCAGAUUCCCCCGCCUCCACAGACAUCGUCACAAAAGCCCACGACGACAUACACCAAGGCCUGUCCAACACCAAGCUGCCAGGCGGGUAUCGAAAACGCGCUGUUUUCCAACCCGUUCCGCGGUGACGAGACGUCCAAUUACACUACAUUCGACCCUUCCUACUUUAAAACGGCAGAAACGUUGGACACGCGCAUUGUUGAUGAGGUCUACGUUCGCGAUGAUGGCAAAAACAAGACACUUGCUAAUGCGGCGCUCGAGUAUCGCGCCUUCUUAUUCGCUUGCCAAGACGGCGAAUUUCGGUUCAACUCGCCUCGGUCGGACGAUAUUACCAUCAUGUGGUUUGGCGAAAAGGCGUACGAAGGGUGGACGCGCGACAAUGCAGACAUCAUCCAAUUCUACUAUGGUGAAAACAAGCCAAUAGACGUUACGCGUAGUAUCAAGGCCGGGACAUAUUAUCCCAUUCGUGUCAUGUGGGGGAAUACAGGCGGCGCGGCGGAUUUAUCGCUGCGCAUCUAUGCUCCCGAUGGAAGAGAAUUGUUUGGGCAUGGGCAUGAGGGCGCAAGUUAUUUGACCACGGAGGCAUGCGACGGAUCGUACGAGAAGUAUCCUCCUUUCGGCGAGCAGAGAUAG